CUCCUUCUAAGCGUGGCUGGUUGGUCUCUUGAGUAAUUAACUAAGCCCUUGCCUCAUUCAACGACCACCAGAUGUGCAUUACACAAAAAGUCCGUCUACCAUGUCUGCCAUAUUACGAUGCAUCACAGAUAAACCGGGAUGGGUACAUUUCUUCGCGCUUGUGUUCUUUUGGCAUCUCGUUCAUACCACCAUGCAUACAUACCCUCAUCCUCUUGACGUCGUUGUGCACCAUCUACUUCCGACUUCCAUAUCUACGACCACCUCUCAUGCCCUCCACUUUGUGUCCAAUUUCUUAACACACCUCUGGAGUCUUCUUUGCUGCAUGACCAACGAACAAAGCCAUUGCUUAAUUGAACGAUUGACAGCUCGAUCGAUAGACUUUUUUUUUUUUUCGCCUUCUCGCCAUCCUAAUCUUGCGUUCCAACUUUCAGGGUCCCUCCCUUUUUUUCAUCAUUGUUGAGGAAAGCUAAAGGAAGGAUGUGUCUUACUCUG